CCCCCCAAGGCAGCGGUGGGAGACAUGGCGGGCUCUCCGCGCGCGCUGCUCUGGUGGGGGUGCCUGUGGUUUAGCUGCUGCAGCCUGGUGGCCGAAGGGUCCGGAGAGCGCCCGGGCGGCUUCGCUAAAGGGAGCGUAAGGCGAGGGGUCGGCGGGCGCAGGAGCCCGGCGGCAGAAGCUGUGGCGGCCGAGCAGCAGCAGCAGCCUUUCCCGCCGCCGCCGCCGCCGCCGCCGGUGGUCUCCGCCGGGGACAAAGUAUCGGAACACAUGCUGCGCCUUUACGUCCGCUACAGCGGUCGGAGUCGGGAUUCGGAAGCGCCCGGAACGUCCCGGCUGCUUCAUCUCCGUGAAGGCAACACGGUGCGGAGCUUCCGAGCGCUGCCGGCAGGGACACUUGGCAACAAAGAGGUGUAUGUUUUUAAUCUCACCUCCCUCACAAAGUCUGAAAAUAUCUUGUCUGCUCUGUUGCAUUACUACGUUGGAGAUCUCCAGAACGGCAGCACCAACUGCUCUCAACCCAACAGCUGCUCUCUUCUGGGCCCCAGAAAAUCUGACCUACAGAUCAGGCUUUUGCUGUUGAGUUCCCCAUCAUCAGCAAACCAAUCACGAACCCUGGGCCGUUACUUGGUCAACGUCUCCGCUGCUUUACAGGAUGACCAUUUGUGGCAAUGCAAAAACAUUACUCAGGACUUGAAGCGAGCGAAGGAGCACAACCAUCUUAUGAUCGGGGUCCAGAUGGCCUCCGUUGGCCAACCUCCACGGAAGAGCCUGCAGCUCAGCUAUGAACCGUACAUCCUCAUCUACGCCAACGACUCCGCCAUUUCAGAACCAGAGAGCGUGGUUUCCAGCUUGCAAGGUCAUUGGAAUCCACCACCGGGGCCUUUCCCCAAAUUGGAUAGCCGGUCAAUCAAUGACCUCAGCGGACAGCGGGCGAAACGUUCCACCAGUUUUCUUCUGCCCUUGCAGAACAACGAGCUUCCGGGAGCUGAGUAUCAGUACAGCGAGGACGAAGGGUGGGAGGAGAGGAAGCACUACAAAACCCUGCAGCCACGGCUGGCGGAAAGGUCAAAGGGUAAGAAAAAGCCCAGAAAACACAGUCAUCAGAAGAGCCAAAUACUCCAGUUCGACGAGCAGACCCUGAAGAAGGCGAGGCGGAAGCAAUGGAAUGAACCGAGAUCUUGCUCAAGACGCUAUCUCAAAGUUGAUUUUGCAGAUAUAGGCUGGAAUGAAUGGAUCAUUUCUCCUAAAGCUUUUGAUGCUUACUACUGCUCAGGUGAAUGCCAGUUCCCUAUUCCAAAGGCCCUGAAGCCAUCCAACCACGCGACCAUUCAGAGCAUCGUCAGAGCCGUAGGGGUAGUUUCUGGCAUCCCGGAGCCUUGCUGUGUUCCAGACAAGAUGUCAUCGCUUAGCAUUUUAUUCUUCGAUGAAAACAAAAAUGUGGUACUCAAAGUGUAUCCAAACAUGACAGUGGAAUCCUGUGCCUGCAGAUAACAUUCCUACUUUUUACGGCAACUUUGUGGCUUCAUAAACCUCUCCUCUUUCCAUUUACCAAAAGCAUAUUGUUGUCCAGUUUUUCGAACGGAUAAGUAAGCAAGAGAUGAGAAGGGACAUGGAAUAGGUUUUCCCCCAGCGGUAAUUUUCCUACUUGUGAGCAUAGGGAAGAAACCUUGGAAGACUCACCAACCGGGGCAAAUAAUGCGGGGAGGUUUUCAGUGGAUGGUGGGGGGAAGAUAGGAAAAUGAAAACUGGAAAGAAUUCCAUCAGGAACUGAAGAUUAGCAGGAAAACACAAUUUAUGUUUUAGGCUGUGCUCGAAGACCAUUCACCCAAGCUGCUGGUUUCUCCAAUCCAUUCUUCCAGAAUGUUGUGAAUGGUGAAGGAGGUUUAAUGUAUGUAUUGUGCUUUUGAAGCUUUCUACUUUCGGUUAUAAGAAGACUCGAAUAUACCAUAAGCUAGUAAGAUCCUACUUCCCAUAUUUCAAAGAUUCAAAUAAUCUUAAAAAAAAAAAAAUCUAACCUGUUGAUUUUCUUGGCAUAAUUUACCAGUUGUGUUCUGUUCUACCCCUCACAAAAGCAUUCAUUCUUAAAAUAAUAGGAACUUUUUAUCUAAAAGCAGAACUGCAUUUCUGGUGUGUAUUUAGUAAAGAUUACACCUCUGUUAUAAAAUCUUGAUCUCUUGAUCUCAGUACUGAAUACCAGAAAGAAGAGAUAAACAGGUUGAGUUUCAAGUUUUAGUUUGCCAGUCAAUUAUGGUAGUCUAUAAUUGUAAUAACCGUUUCACAAUGGGAAUUGUGCAGCACACUUAUACACUUUCAGGAUAUUAUGGGUAGGGAAUCAAGAUGGCAGCCAUGGCCAUAGGAUUGAUGCUGCCAUUUUGACUUUUUAUUACCCAGCUUUUGAGAACCUGACAUAAUAGUCACUCUGUGAGGGAGACUGAUGGUUUGUAAAUAUGAUAUAUAUUUAUAUAUAUAUAAAUAAAACAAUACUCAAGCCCCAGUAGGAAUAACUUCCAGGGUAAUGGGUAUAAAACUGCAGCCUAUCCGGGUGAUGAGCUAUACAAACUGAAGUCAUGGAUUAAAGAAAAUAUAACAAAUAUGUUUAAUGCAUGGCCCAUUUGGGAAGGGAGCAGAUAAAUUCUUAACUAGGACCUGGAUC